AUGUGGAACUUCACACCUGCAAGUAAAAUUUGUUAGGUUAAAUCCUAAAUGAAAUCCUAUGACUAACAUUUAAACAGCGUUAGAAAUGCAAAAUCUAUUGUCAAAACUAAUAGUCCAUAUAAACCUUAUUUUUUGUCAGUCUGCUCUAGACACUAAAAUAAAUAUGAGUAAAAAGAAAUAAAUCAAUGCAAUUCUAUACUAAUUAGCAAGAUUGUUAAUAUUGAUUUAAAAUAAGGAGAAUUAAAUAAGUCAAAAUUGAGAUAAAAAUUCAAAUUGAAUUCUAGCAGGUUAUCAACUAGAAGAAGCCAAAAUUUAUCAAUAGAUUUCGAAAAUAUUAAACUGUAUGAUAGGAUAUAAUCAGCCAAAACUUCAUAUAAUAAAAAGUAAUAACUUAGGCAUAGUUCUGAAUACGAACGAUAUAGCAAAAAUAUUUCUUAAAAUGCCAGAAGGUAUUCAAAUGCUAAUAUUUCAAAUUAAACAUUAUCGAAGUCCUUUGAAUCUAAAUCUAGAAGGGUUAAAGAUAGAUCCUCUUCUAAUACUAACUAGCAUCAAUACUCAGAUUAUAGUAAUAGCCAUCCUGAUAAUUAAGUUAUUUAAUUUUUAUUUUGA